AUGGCUGCCCCGGGGCACUGGCUGGCAGGGACGUACCCCCAGUUCGCCGUCCCCUACUUCAUCUACGACGUCUACGCCAUGUUCCUGUGCCACUGGCACCGGGGCCAGGUGAAGGGACACGAGGUGGCGCCCCCCCCCUCCCUGAGGGCGGCCGCCAGCUCUUACCUCCGCAAGGACCUCCUGAUGGUGCUCCACCACGCCGCCAUGGUGCUCAUCUGCUUCCCGGUGGCCGCCCUGUGGCGCCAAGGGAAGGGUGACUUCUUCUUGGGGUGUCUCCUGAUGGCCGAGCUCAGCACCCCCUUCGUCUGCCUCGGCAAGGUCCUCAUCCUGUACCAGCGCCAACACACGGCUCUACACAAGCUCAACGGGGUGGCCCUGCUGGUGACCUUCCUCCUCUGCCGCGUCCUCCUCUUCCCCUACCUCUACUGGGCCUACGGCCGCCAGCGGGGGCUGCCCCUGCUGCGGGUCCCGGGGGCCCUGCCCCCCGCCGGGGUCUCUGGGGGGGCUCAGGUGGCCUCAAGGCUUGGCCGCCUCCCCUGGGGCCAGGUGGCCACUAAGGCUCGAGAAGGUCUCGAAGGUCAACUUUGGGCAUCGAUGGAGAAGCCCAUUGAGGAGCCCACCUCCAUGGAGACACCAGAACUCCUGAGAUCAGUUCAAGGGCCGAGCCACGAGGAUGAGGUUGAAGAUGUUGGAGAACAUUCGGUCAAAGCCCACCUUAGAUUGGAGGUCACCACUUGA